AGUUGAUGUAAAAAACAAAAUGUAAAGAACAUUCUACAGUCCGUCACUGUAAAUGUGUUUAAACUGUGUUUAGCCUAUUGACCGUAUACCUUACUGACAGAAUGAUUAUAUUCACUUCAUCUGAAAUUAGGAUACAAGAAUUAUCGGCUGCCAUUUCAUUUUUUUCAACUGGUUUUUUUUUAACCUAGGGCUGGAUAACUAUAGGACAGAACACAUUUCUGGGUUAAAAUGGCCCAAAUAAUGGCAGAAAUGUGUCCUAUGGUUACCCAGCCCUGGGUUAAAUAUUUUUGUAUGUUAAAUGUUUUUGCAGUUCUCUGUUGUUGUAUGGUCACGCUGUUUCGUUUCACUGUGUAGUUUUCUAGCUGUAAAUGGUUGAAAUGACAAUAAGAGCUGACUUGUAUAACUCAUCAUUUAGUAACUAUAGGCAGCACUGUCGACAUUAAGUAAGAUACUGUGUGGUGUGGAUUGAUCAAGCUUAACUGUCACAUAUUUCAUUUAACAUCAACAGAGAUGUGCAAUUACUGUUUGUUUACUUUAGGAAUGGACGUUUAUUCCCAAACAAAUCCAUCCUCUCAAGUGAAUUUGGCAUUAAGAGGACGGGCUGUACAGUCAUCCACAGGAUAUGGUUGGGUAGCAGCAAAUGCCAUUGACACUUCACUCAAAACCUGCACCCAUUCGGGCACAUAUAAUAACCCCUGGUGGAGAGUGGAUCUUUGGGCUUCUUACAACAUCUCUCGAGUCGUCAUCACUAACAGAAAAGACUGCUGUGUGGGUCGACUCAAAGGAGCAGAAAUUCAUAUCGGAAACUCUCUGGAAAAAAAUGGCAACAAUAAUUCCAGAUGCGCUGUGCUGAAUGAUAUUCCACUGGGUCAGUCUCUGUCUGUGUCCUGUCACAAUAUGGAGGGACGAUAUGUGAAUCUCAUUAUACCUGGAAGUUCAAAAGUCCUCUCUGUCUGUAAAGUGGAGGUGUAUACGAAAGUCUUGAAAAAAACAUUUGUGAUGAUGACAUUUCUGGCCAGUGUCAAUAUGACUGAUCCAGCUGUCAAUAACACGAUUCUUGAUCAGCUGAAGACCGCUUUGACUUCUAAAGGAGUCUCAAAUGUCACACUGACCUGGACAAAACUCCCUGAGAAAGUUGAACCGGAGAUUAAAAUGGACGAUGAUGAGAAGUCCAUGUGCGAACCUUAAUAAUCCUGAAUAAACAGACACUCUAAUGAAAAAGACUUAGUUUAGUUAUAUAGUUGUUUGUUAGAUUGUUAUUUUAGUUCAGGUGAAGUUAUAUUUCUUUGUUAGUUUUCAUGUUUUAGUUUAGGUAAAGUUAUAUUUCUUUGUUAGUUUCAUGUUUUAGUUUAGGUAAAGUUAUAUUUCUUUGUUAGUUUAGUUUAGGUGAAGUUAUAUUUAUUUGUUAGUUUGUUAUUUUAGUUUCAGUAAAGUUAUACUUGUGUGUUAGUUUGUUAUUUUAGUUUCGGUAAAGUUAUACUUGUGUGUUAGUUUGUUAUUUAGAUUAAGGUAAAGUUAUAUUUGUUUGUUUAUUUUAGUUAUUGGUAACUGAUUGGUGUGAUGAUUUAUUUAAUUCACUUCCUUAUCAUAUUAAAUGAUUUGUAGUUGAUCAAUGGUCGUUUGAAAUUAAAGCAAUGAUGAAUUGGA